CGCCAGGACCGUUUGCGCAGGCGCGUCAUUUUCCUGACCUAGAGAGACGCCGUCUUCCCUGGUCCCGAGCACUCUGUGCGGGAGGACUCUGCACUUUUCUACAAAGAGAACACACAGGAGGGAAUGGCUGCUGUGUCUCCGACAGCCAGAUGCCAGGAAUUGGUGACAUUCGAGGACGUGGCUGUGGUUUUCACAGAUGAAGAGUGGCAGCAUUUGGUGCCUGUUCAGAGGGACCUCUAUGAGGAGGUGAUGCUGGAGAACUAUAAGAGUGUCAUCUCACUGGCAGGACUUCCAGUUCCUCGACCCGAUGUGAUUUUUCGGUUGAAGAGAGAGGACUGGCCAUGGAUAGUAGAUCUUCAUGGAUCUGAGGAGAGAGAAUGUCCCAAAAGUGUCUCUCUAGACUGGGAGACUAAGCCUGAGAUUCAAGAUGUUUCAGAAGAAGAAAAAUCAGAAGGAGCAUUGAGGGAAAGCCUAGGAAGGCAAGGUCUUCUGUGUCCUAAAUUUGAAGAUCAUGCACCAGAGGGUGGGUUGGAAACAGAGAAGGAAAGCCCUGCAGUAGAGACUUGUAAGAAAUCCCUUUCCCAGGAGAAAAGCUUUUUACAGCAAGGGUCAGCCUCACCCAAGAAAAUUCUCACUAAAGAGAAAGACCAGGAAUGCAGUGACUGUGGGAAGACCUUUUUUGACCAUUCAUCCCUUAUCCGCCAUCAGAGGGCUCACACCGGAGAGAAGCCCUAUGACUGUCAUGAGUGUGGGAAAGCGUUCAGUCACAAGAGCAGUCUCAACAGACAUCUGAUGUGUCACACUGGGGAAAGCCCCUACGAAUGCAGCGCAUGUGGGAAGGCCUUCUUUGACCGUUCGUCCCUAACUGUGCAUCAGCGAAUUCAUACUGGAGAGAAGCCCUUUAAAUGCAAUGAGUGUGGAAAAGCCUUCUUUGACCGUUCAUCCCUUACUCGACAUGAGAGAAUUCACACUGGGGAAAGUCCUUAUGAAUGCCAUCAAUGCGGGAAAGCCUUUAGCCAGAAAAGUAUUCUUACUCGCCAUCAGCUAAUUCAUACUGGCAGGAAGCCCUAUGAAUGUAAGGAGUGUGGGAAAGCCUUCUAUGGCGUCUCCUCACUGAACAGACAUCAGAAAGCUCAUGCUGGGGAGCCUCGCUACCGGUGCAUUGUGUGCGGGAAAGCUUUCUUUGACCGCUCGUCCCUCACACAACAUCAGAAGAUCCACAGUGGAGAGAAGCCAUAUGAAUGCAGCGAAUGUGGAAAAGCCUUUAGCCAGAGAUGCCGGCUCACACGGCAUCAGAGAGUUCAUACAGGAGAGAAGCCCUUUCAGUGCAGUGUGUGUGAGAAAGUUUUUAGUUCCAAAUCAUCAAUUAUCCAACAUCAACGACGUUAUGCCAAACAGGGAAUAGACUGAGUUGGGUGAAAACUUGAGUCAGAUAAAAGACCUCCAUAAAAAUUUGAGAUACGUCUCCCCUAUCUUAAACAAACCCACCAUUUGCUCAUUCUACCCAUUCUGGCUACUGUUCUCUCGUCCUGCCUCUGCUCCAGAGUGUUUAAUAAGCUCUCUAUUCCUACCGUGUUGUAGAACUGAUGAGAGUGGGCGGAAACUAGGAAAUAACUCUUAAGAUUCGAAAUUUUGGAAAGGUGUGUCAGACAGUAGGGUAGAUGUUAGGAGGAGAUCCAGAGAUACACCUCUUGUCUGAGAAUGUAGGCCCCAGGUAUCACUGCACUUUAAAUAAUUGGAGGCUGAAACAGUAAGGAAAAGCCAAAAUUAUAUCAGAGCACCACUGGUGUUUUAAGAACAGUUGUUUAGAUAGCUGGUAGUCCCUCUCUCUUGGAGCUUUUUGGGCAUGAACCUUUUCUCUUGUGUCCCAGCUUUUAGAUCUCUUACUACCAUACUGCUAAUAGCACUUACUGAGUGCUUAUUAUGGGGUAAACACUCAGCUAAGAGUUUUACAGGGAAUAGAUUCAUUGAUCCUCUCACUAACCUUGUGAAGUAGGUACUGUUACUGUCCACAUUUACAGAUGAGCACACUGAAGUUUAGAGAGAUUAAAUCACUUGCCCAAGGUGACAGACAUAGCUGGUGAAAGGUGAUGCCAGGUCUUGGAUGCAGGUCUACUUUCAAAGUCUAUUCUCUUUACCAUUAUGCUUUAAGGUUGGUUUGUGUUAUAAUUUAUGUACAUAUAUUGUCUCAACUAGAUUGUAAGCACUUGGAGGUGGGACUUAGAUGUUUUUGUAUCUCACACAGUGCCUUACAAAUGAUAAGUGCUCAGUUAAUAUUUAUCUGACUGACUGACUUUUCUACUUAACAGAUUCUCUCCAUACAAAACACAUCUUCGAUUCACAUCCUUUGAAUUUUCACAGCCCAGCUUGUACCUUUAUCAUCCCUGCUCCCAUUACUACAGUAGUCACUUCUUAAUUCUAGUUCUUUUCCUCCUUCCUUCAUUACUGAAGAGGGAUAUGCUAAGCUAUGGUACAGUAACAAGCCCCCAAAUAAACAAAGAUUUAUGUCUCACAUAAAAUCUGAUGUGAGCAAUUCUGUGUUACUUCAUCUUCAUCAUCCAUAACAUUUGGUGUCCAAAAUCACCAUGAAGGAGGAAGAAGUAGCUAGAGGGAUUUGUGGGAUAUUUUUAAGGGCCAGGCUUACAUCCCUUCUGUCCACAUCCAGUAAGCCAGAGCCCAGCACCUGGAGGCUAGGAAAGCAAACAAGCACCCAAGAGCCUCUGCCACAGUGACAUUUUGCAUAUUACUGUUAGGCCAGUCUUUUCAUAUGACCCCUUCCUGCCCGUCAUUGCCUUCCUCAAGCCCUAAAACAGCUCCCUAUUUAAUGAAAACUUCUCUGAAUAUUUAAGGUCUGCCUUAAUAUAAUCCCCAUUGCUGAACUUAACAUCCUGACUCCCAAAACUCUUAUUACCUGGGCCGUGGCCUAUAUUUUUAUUAAAAGACAGGCACUAGGUGACUGUGACUGCAGGCAUCUGCAUUCCCUUUCUAUUUGCUUAAGUUGAAGUCCAGAAAAGGAUUUGGUUCUUAGUUCUGAAAGGCUGUCUGAAAUUAGAUUACCCUACAUGAAUCCCAUUGGAUCAAGAUGAAUUUCCCUCAGAAGUUAAAAGUCAAAUUUGAGAAGCUGAAUUGCCAAACAGACCCCUCCCCAACAUACUAACAACCUAUUAUUCUUGGUCCACCUUAGAGCAGAUAAGCAGCAGGGAAGACUUUUUAUGUGUGGACUUUUGAAGCUACUUGAGGGAAAACAUGGCACAUGUUGGGUGUGGAUAAUAUCUGAUAUUGUUUAAUAAUGUGAAUUAGAAAAUAAAAGGAACUAUU